UUACCUCACAUGAGACCCAAUCUUGAUACCUUUCAAGUGGCUAUGAACGAUCUGGGAAUAUCCGUUUCCAAUACUGUAGUCUUCUAUGACUCUCUGGGCAUAUUUUCCGGGCCGCGCGCAGCCUGGCUCCUACACUCAUUUCACCAUCCAUCGAUUGCAGUUCUUGACGGUGGCCUUCCGCUUUGGAUCGCUGAAGGCUUACCAACAGACUCUGGGCCUCCAAGUCCGGUUAAAAAAUCAGAUUAUCAACUUAUAGCAAAUCAUGAGGAUUAUGAAGGGAAACAAUAUGUGACCAGUUACGACGAUAUCAUUACUAACAUCACAGAUCAACGCAUGGAAAUCCUCAAUGCUCAAACCCGCCCAAGGUUUGAGGGUACAGCACCUGAGCCGAGGGCCAGUUUAUCGAGUGGGCACAUUCCAGGUUCACUCUCUCUACCAUUCUCAGAACUCUUGGCUACACACAAAGAAGGUUACCGCACCUCUUUAUCACCCGAGAAGCUGGAAGAAGUCUUCACAUCCACUUUUGGUUCAGCUGAGCGCUGGGAAGCAGUCAAACAAGGAGAAAAACAAUUGGUUGCCAGUUGUGGGAGUGGCAUGACAGCCUGUAUUAUUUGGUUAGCGAUCCAGAUUUGCUCAGGUAGUGAUCAGGCCAAGGUUACACUCUACGAUUAG